AUGGCCACCACUUUGAACAAAACACUUCCUGAUCUAUCAAAGCUUGAGCCUUUAGAUGGAAACAAUUAUAAGCGUUGGUCCCAGAAAUUUUUAAUUUUCUUUGAACAAUUAGAAGUUGAUUAUAUUUUGUUUAACGAUCCUCCUACGGAUAUUGUUACUGAUAAUUCUAAUUCUGCCAAUAUUAUUGUUGAUGAUGAUGCUACUAAGAAGAAAUUUGAAAAGGAUAAUAAAACAGUGAGAGGACAUCUGCUUAAUCAUAUGACUAACCCUCUAUUUGAUUUGUUUAUAAAUUAUAAAUCUGCUAAAGUCAUAUGGGAUAGUUUGGAGAAAAAAUAUGGUCCUGAUGAUGCCGGGAAAAAGAAGUAUGUCAUUGAAAAGUGGAUCAAGUUUCAGAUGGUUGAUGAUAAGCCAAUCAUGGAACAGGUUCACGAGUAUGAAAACUUGACUGCUGAUGUUUUGAACGAAAGCAUGGAGAUGUGUGAGAUUCUUCAGGCUAAUGUUCUGCUUGAAAAGUUUCCACCUUCCUGGAGUGAUUACAGGAAUCAACUAAAGCACAAGAAGAAAAAUUUAACUCUUCAAGAAUUGAUCAGUCACAUGAGGACUGAGGAAGCAAACCGUCUCAAAGAUGAGGAAUCUGAACUGCUUAAGGAUAAGAUGAAAUCUCUCUCUCUUAAUUCUUCUAAAGCUAACCUUGUGGAAUUUUCUAGUACUUUUGUGAAAGACAGGUUUAAAGGAAAAUAG